AUGUCUUGGCAAUCCCCGUCUGCCAUGGCUGGGAUCGCAGGAAUGUCCGGUGCUAUGGAUGGUUCAAACGGCCCACAGGGCACGGAAUACACGCUGCAGGGUGUUAUGCGAUUUCUGCAAACAGAAUGGCAUCGUCACGAACGCGAUCGCAACGCCUGGGAGAUUGAACGUGCCGAGAUGAAGUCCCGCAUUGGCCGAUUGGAAGGCGACCUACGCACCAGCAAGCGUCUACAUGAGUCUCUCGGGAAGCAUGUGAGGCUGAUGGAGACUGCGCUCAAGCGUGAAAGGGAGAAAGUCAAGAAGUUAUCCAACAACGAACCCCUUGAGGAUGUCAAGGACCCCAAGGAGGCUGCGCGUGACAGCGUCAAUUUCUUAAAGGCGCAACGCCCCAAACUUGACACCGAUAAUGAGAAUGAUCCCGACCCAGACAACGAAAGCCAACAGGAUGGUCAACUCGAUGACGGCCGAGACAAAGUUCGCGGAUUCCUGACAAAAGCCACCCAUGAGAUCUCAUACCAUGUGAUACCUACAUCCCACCCUCCGCCCGACCUCAACGACUCCGAAAUCCCGGGCCACUUAUACGGCAGUUCACAACUGUCUCAGCAGAACCUAGAGGAGGCGUAUCUGCAGCAGCAACGGCAGAAGGCCAACCAAGUCAUGGCGCGCGAGAUGGCACUCCAAAAUCACCAACCAGUUACGAAUCACUACCCCGAGAACGCCAUGGCCCGGGGUCAAAACCAGUAUCUUCCUCGGGAUAAUAUGGAUCGGCGGCCACUUGAAUCGCAGCAGGCUCCUGUCGGAUCAAUUGGCAACCGGACUCAUGUAUAUGAACAAGGUUUAGUCGACGAGCAACAAAGCCAAUCAUACGAGACACAGGGGCCUCAAGUUGCCGUAAAGGAGGAUGUCAACUCGCAGGUCUUGCCCGAGAAAACCGAAGACGUGGAUGGGUGGAAUUUUGAUGAGCCAGUGGAGCAACAGCCACUUGCAGAGUCGGUUCCGCCGCAUCGUCCAGACACCGAUGCGUUCCCAAACGCCAAUUUCGUGCGCCCCGAGUCAUCCGCGAAGGUGGCGUCGCUCCCUCACCGAAGAAAGAGCUCCGGUUCGAGACGCAAGAGUGAAGGCGCCGCUGAUAUUCGUGAGGGUGGCGCGGCCUUGAGUCAACAGCCAGACACCAAUUUUAAAGUCCGGUUCGCCCUGCGCGGGCACCUGGACGUGAUUCGCUCUGUCAUCUUUACUGGCGGCGGCAGCCCAUCAGAGCCUGAAAUCUGCACCUGUAGUGAUGAUGGAACUAUCAAGCGAUGGAUUAUUCCAGCGACCUACGGCGGCUUCGGACCGCAUGGCCCGGGCUCCAGCAAUGAUCUGGACAUCACAAGUUACUUCACACACCGCGGACACGAAGGUGCUGUCACCUCGUUGGCUGCUUGUUCCCCCUCUCAGAAUAUUUCAAAUGGUGGACGCGUCCUGGGCGAUGGCUGGGUGUUCUCAGGUGGCCAGGAUGCUAGCGUGCGCGUAUGGGAGCGUGGCCGUGUUGACCCCAAGGCCACCUUGGACGGACACACAGAUGCAGUUUGGGGACUCUGCGUCCUUCCUGGGACAGUGGGAUCUGUCUUCGGCGAUUCCAGUAGCCACUACGGUGGCCCGGAUCGCAUUCUGCUUGCAUCUGGUGCUGCAGAUGGCCGGAUCCUGAUCUGGGCUGUGAGCGCGCCUCCUCAGGUCUCCUCACCUCCGGGUGGAUCCCGCCGUCAAGGUGGAAGCCGACGGGCAAACUCAAUAUCAUCUGGAUCAAACUUCCCAUCUUCACCACAGCCCAGUGUGGCUACUACUACGCCUUUCAACCACACCCUCAUUCAUCACAUCGUUCGCACUGAGUCACCUUCGCCGACAUGUAUAAGUCCACUGUCGCUUGCGGGUGUCAACUUUGUUGUCUCUUAUUCAGAUGCCUCAAUCCUCGUCUACGACACACGAACGGGCGAGGAAAUUGCGGGCAUGGCUAGCCUGGAGACGUAUGACGGUACACCAUCCACUGGUGUGAACUCCGUUGUCGCCACCACCAUUGGCUUUGAUGGCACAGCUAAUCUGGAUCCCAAUCGGGCAACCACCGAGGAGGAAGUUGUGCAUGGAGCCACAGGUUCCAGUAGCGUGGAGGGUGUAAUUAUCAGUGGCUACGAGGAUCGAUACAUCCGCUUUUUCGAUGCCAACAGUGGUCAAUGUACUUACACAAUGCUCGCUCACCCCGCAGCGAUUGCCUCCUUGUCAUUGUCCCCAGAUGGACGUGAGCUUGUUUCGGCAGGUCAUGAUGCAAGCUUGCGAUUCUGGGACCUGGAAAAACGCACCUGUAACCAGGAGCUGACAAGCCACCGAUUGAUGCGUGGCGAAGGAGUCUGUGCUGUUGUGUGGAGCCGUGAUGGCCGCUGGGUCGUCGGCGGCGGCGGAGACGGCGUUGUCAAGGUCUUCUCCCGAUGA